CUAAAACCAGGAGCCUGUCGCAGAAAGUGAAACCCUCCUGCUCCAGACAAAGAUCAUAGCCUCAGUUCAGGUACCGCUGCCUGCUCAACCCGCUGGGCCUUUCUGCUGCCCCUUCCUGCCUGGUGGCCCUGCUGGGCCUCAGCCCUGGCCUUCCCCUGCCCCAGCCACAACCCUGGGCUCCCUCCCCUCUGGCUCCCCUCCCCUCUGCACUCAGAGCCAGGCUCUUUGUCCUGCUGUGUGGUUGCCCCACUGCUGCUUCUGAAUGGGCCGCCUGCCCCACCUGCCCCAGUUCGGGCCUUCUGCUGAGACAAUCAUGGCAGGGCUGGUGCUCCCUGCCCUGGGAGGGUGCUCCCUCUCUGUGCUUCCUGCCAUUCCUGAGCUCUGGAACUGGCAGACUUGAACCAAAGGAUGAUGGGAGCAAUGUGGAAUUCUGUUCACAGCGCUUCGAUGGAUUUUCUUAGCAGGAUCUCGGCUCACUGCAGCUUCCGACUGAAACACAGUGGAGCGAACGUAUCGACGCACAUUCUUCUACAACUUCAAUAACAGACCCAUCCUUUCUCGUCGGAAUACCGUCUGGCUGUGCUACGAAAUGAAAACAAGGGGCCCCUCAAUGCCCACUUGGGACGCAAAGAUCUUUCGAGGCCAGUUUAGACACAACUGACCAGCGGUAAUGUUCAAACAGAAUCAUAAGACGGGCAGAACCAGAACAGACUCUUCAUGGCAAUAAGAUACCAAAUCACAACCAGGACCUCAGGCCGUGCCAGGCAAGAGCGAGGUCACACAUCCUACACUUCAACAGCAAACUCUGUUCUGCCUGCCACAGAGUUUAUCUUUUGCUCUAGCAGCUAAACAAGCACUGCCUCCAGAUAAAGAUGAAAACAAUCACAGCUCAUCCAGCGUCCUGACACGGAGCCACAGAGCCCCUGCUCCACAGCCCUCAUUCCUGCUUUCCCUGCACAAGAGACUGAUUUCAGUGACUUUCUCCAGAUCAGAAGACCGUGGACCACAGACCAUGGACCACGGACUGGUUCUGCGUGGUUUACAGACCUUGCAUAUUUCGGUGCCUUCAUGUCCUGAAAGGACCUUUCACACGUGUCCGUGUGAAGAGAUCACCAAACAGGCUUUGUAAACAUGGAGGAGGUAAUGCAUCCAAGGAGAUUCAGAUACUUCUUCAAUAACAGACCCAUCCUUUCUCGUCGGAAUACCGUCUGGCUGUGCUACGAAGUGAAAACAAAGGACCCUUCAGGGCCCCCUUUGGACGCAAAGAUCUUUCAAGGCCAGGUGUCCUACAAGGAUAAGUCCUGUAAGCACCACCCAGAGAUGAGGUUCCUCAGCUGGUUCCGCGAGUGGAGGCAGCCGCAUCGUGACCAGGAGUACGAGGUCACCUGGUACGUAUCCUGGAGCCCCUGUGCAAGGUGUGCAAACCGUGUGGCCACGUUCCUAGCCGAGGACCGAAAGGUUACCCUGACCAUCUUUGUUGCCCGCCUCUACUUCUUCUGGAAACCAGAUUACCAGGAGGCGCUUCGCAGCCUAUGUCAGAAAAGAGACGGUCCACAUGCCACCAUGAAGAUCAUGAAUUAUGACGAAUUUCAACACUGUUGGAACAAGUUUGUAGACCUCCCAAGAAAGCCAUUUAAGCCUCUGGAGAAUCUGCCUAAACAUUAUACAUUACUGCACACCAUGCUGGGGGAGAUUCUCAGACAUUUGAUGGAUCCAGGCACGUUCACGCUCAACUUUAACAAUGAACCUUGGGUCAGUGGACAGCAUGAGACUUACCUGUGUUACAAGGUGGAGCGCCUGGACAAGGGCACCUGGGUCCCGAUGGACGAGCACAGGGGCUUUCUAUGCAACCAGGCUCCAAAUAUACACGGUUUCCCUAAAGGCCGCCAUGCAGAGCUGUGCUUCCUGGACCUGAUUCCCUUUUGGAAGCUGGAUGGCCAGCAAUACAGGGUUACCUGCUUCACCUCCUGGAGCCCCUGCUUCAGCUGUGCCCAGGAAAUGGCUACAUUCAUUUCAAAUAAGAAACACGUGAGCUUGCGCAUCUUCGCUGCCCGCAUCUAUGAUGAUCAAGGAAGAUGUCAGGAGGGGCUGCGCACCCUGCACACGGCUGGGGCCGAAAUUGCAAUGAUGAACUACAGUGAAUUUGAGCACUGCUGGGACACCUUUGUGGACCGCCAGGGACGUCCCUUCCAGCCCUGGGAUGGACUAGAUGAGCACAGCCAAGCCCUGAGUGGGAGGCUUCGGGCCAUUCUCCAGAAUCAGGGAAACUGAAGGAUGGGCCUCAGUCUCUAAGGAAGGCAGAGACCCGGGUUGAGCCACAGAAUAAAAGUUCUUCUUCCAAGAAAUGCAAACAGGCCAUUCACCACCAUCUCCAGCUGCUCACAGACACCAGCAAAGCCAGGUGCUCCUGACAAGUAGAUUUUUUAAAAAUCAGAGUGAAUUAAUUUUAAUCAAAAAUGUAUGUUAUGUUUCAAGAAUAUAGUACUAAGAUUGUACUCAAUACACUCAGAAAAGUUUCAAACCUACUAAUCCAGUGACAAUUUGAAUUGGUUUUAUACAUAGAGGAAUAAAAUGAAAUACUAAAUCUUU